UGCAUGCAUCAACCUCUCUCCUCUCCUCUCGCUCUCUACUACUAGCUACUAGCUUUAAUUUGUAACUGCUUGUCUGCCAUGGAGGAAGAGGAGGGAUCGUCGACAUCAUCAGUCGCUGUGCCUGUGCCGCCGCCGCCUAAUAAGUACGACUCCUGGACGACAGAUCCGGAGGAGCUGAUGAUGAUGAUGGUCGACGAGGCGGCGGUGCAGCAGGAAGGGCCCCGUCGCCGGCGGGACUCCAUGCUCAACAAGCUCAUCUCCACGGUCUACUCCGGACCCACCAUCAGCGACAUAGAGAGCGCGCUCUCUUUCACCGGCGGCGGCGACGUGGAUGCUCGCAACUACAACAACUCCUCCGCCGGCCCAGGGGCUUUAUCGUCCCCGGAGAAGGUGCUGAUGAGCAAGAUGGAGAACAAGUACACGCUCAAGAUCAAGACCUGUGGGAACGGCAGCAGCCUUGCGGAGGAUGGAUACAAAUGGAGGAAAUACGGCCAGAAAUCCAUCAAGAACAGCCCCAACCCAAGGAGCUACUACCGGUGCACGAACCCUCGGUGCAACGCCAAGAAGCAGGUGGAGCGGUCGACGGACGAGCCGGACACGCUCGUCGUCACCUACGAGGGCCUCCACCUGCACUACACCUACUCGCACUUCCUCCACCACCAGCAACCGCCGCCGCAGCCCAAAAAGCCCAAGCUCGGCGCCGGCCCACCACAACAGCCCAUCGUCGUCAUGGACGACGACCUUCUCCACGGCCCGGCCCAACAAGACAUCAUCACCACCGGCCCACUGGGAGCUGCUGUCAUGGCUCCAGCACCAGCACCACCACCAGCAGCAGCAUCUUUCUGCUACGACCUUGACGACGAUGUACCUGCUUUUUUCGACGACCACGACCACCACCACCACCAGCAGCAGCACAUCACCAACGGCGGGCUGCUGGAAGACAUGGUGCCGCUGCUGGUCCGGCGGCCCUGCACCACCACCACCACCACCUCCGCCGGUAGCACGUCGCCGGACCUUUCCGCGUCGUCCUCUGUCUCAUGGAACCCCACCUCGCCUUACAUCGACAUGGCCAUUCUCUCCAACAUUUUCUAGUGCAUGCAUGCAUGCGUCCGUGUUCAACUACCAUGCACACGCACCCAUCGUCAUGUUUGUAUUGUGUGCUGAUAUAUAGUAUGUAUGUAUGUAUGUACUAGCUAGUAUAAUACUACUAGCAGUACGUGUGUGUACGUACGUAGAUCCGAUCCAUCCUCAGGCGCGCGGUGCUAUAUAUAUUGUCGAUCUGUUAUUAAAUUGGGUUCGUGCUAUCUAAUAAUUCUUAAGUAAUGCAUGCAUGGCCCUCAUCGUAGAUCACACAUUCCAAUUCCAAACUCUUUCGUCAACAAUGCAAAUGGGAAAAAUAUGUAUGGUCUCCGGUUUCUUCCCGCCACAGACGCAGCAUAAAGAAAGAGACACAAGAAACAAUGAUGACUGAACUCUUGUUAUUCAUUGUGAGGUGGGUACAUUUUGUAUUAGCCCAUAUACAAGGCAUAUUUGUUUUGUAUUAGCCCAUACAAAGCAUAUUUGUUUC